AAGAAUGUCAGUGAAGAAUGUGUAAAAUUUUCGUAAUGAAUUAGUUUUUCUUUAAAAUUUGUGGACAAAUAAAGUUGAAAACGUAAAAUUAGUGAUAGAAUCUGUUAAACUUUGUGUGAUAUUUAAGAAGUAUCUAUUAUUGCCCAGCGAUAUGGUUUCAUUAAUAUUUUUAUUAGCUUUUUGAAAAAGCCUCUGCAAUGGCAUCCCAGGCAAUGUAUUGUCUCAGUGUUCAAAUAGGUUCACGUGAAGAUGAUUUAACCAAUGACAUUGAUACGAAAACCAUAACAGAUAAAUCAUCUGUGUGUGAAACAGCAUUUCCAAUGUCGAGUAGCAAUAAAGAAUCAACGACAACCAUUUCUCAAACUCAUCCAAAUAAUAUAAUUUUACUUCGCGGUGCGCGUUCUGACAAUGGCCAUAUAAUAUUGCAUAACAAUCAAGAUUUAAUGAGUUUAAUAAAUGAUGAGGAGAAGCACGUUUUAAUACAGCAUCAGAGGUUAAAAACGAAAAAGGCUGAGGGAGCACUGGUCCUGCAGCCCAGUGCACCAUCAAAAUCCAAUGAUGAGACAAUUCUUCUGCAACCAGCAAAUUUGAAGAAAACAACCGGCACUAACCAUCUAUCGGAAGGGCAAUUUCUAAUACAACAUCGUGUUGGUACACGAGGUCUUUCAGAUGGUCCUAUUUUAUUGCAAACACUGAAACGUCUUGAGAAAUCACAAUCGAUAUUUUUGUUUCGCAAUAAUAACACUGCAGUUACGUCUUCUGUGAGAAUAUCAUCAAAAAAAUCAUCACCUAAUCCAACAAAUUCACUCAAAAUUAAUCAAGUGAAGCAGAAACAGCAAAAAGAUGGAACAUCCGAGGAGGACAAUGCCAAAUUAGAGCCAGUUAAUCACAAACAUCUACCUCUGGGAAAUGCUUCCUGGAGCUACAAUACAAUUACGACUGUUGAUUACAAUUGUAGUCAUUGUGUAUAUAUUUUACUACGUAUAUAUAUAGAAGAAAAUCGUAAAACUAGUUACUGUGUCAAAAAUAGGGCGAGAUUCUCUGAGAGAAUCUCACCUGAAAAAAAUCCAUUAGUAAUGUCGGGAUUUAGAUCACUUAUGCCAUCAACGCCUCAUCAAACUCGUAGUGGUCCAAUAUUUAAUCCUCUAAAUAAUCAUGGAAUUAUUUACUCGACACACUCCAUUCAUGGACAACUCUCACAUAAUCCUGGCCAUCAUCCACUCCAUCAUCACCAACAACUACAAUCUCAAAAUCAUCAUUUGAUGGCGAAUGAUUUGCUGACCGGACAUCAAAUUUCUGUACGACAUCCUAAUAAUAAUUCUGGCCAAUUGAUUCAUCAUGCUGGAAUGAGAAUGUUACCGGCAAAUAUAAUUCCCCUUAAUAACAAUGGAGAACCAAUCAAACUACCAGAAAAUUUGGAAAGUUUACCAAGAGCUGAUCAUUUUCCAACUCAGCGACAUCGUUGGAAUACGAAUGAGGAGAUUGCUGCAAUCUUAAUCAACUUUGAGAGGCAUUCCGAAUGGCAGUCGAAAGAAGUUAAAACACGUCCUAAAAGUGGAUCCAUGUUGUUGUAUUCACGAAAGAAGGUGCGAUACCGUCGGGAUGGGUAUUGUUGGAAGAAGCGAAAAGAUGGGAAGACCACAAGAGAAGAUCAUAUGAAAUUGAAAGUUCAAGGAACUGAGUGUAUUUAUGGAUGCUAUGUACACUCAGCAAUUCUUCCAACUUUUCAUCGAAGAUGCUAUUGGUUACUUCAAAACCCAGAUAUUGUUCUUGUGCAUUAUCUCAAUGUUCCAUAUCCAGAUGAUAAUAAAAUGGCUGUAAUAGCGCCUAGCUUAGCUCUUUGGGGAGAUAAGAAGGAGUGGACUAAAGAAGAACUAGUCAGUCAGUUAAAACCAAUGUUUUUUAGUGAAGAUGAGCCUGAUACAACCAAUGAUAUUGAAUUGUCCACUGCUGAAACGGUUGAGUCGAUUGUUGUUCAAUUGAUGGAGAAACAGAGAGCAGCCAGACAAGCUGCUUUGGUUAAGCAAUUAGAGUGCGGCUGCUCUAAUUCUAAUUGUACGGAUGGGAAGUCUUGUUCGCAUCCAAUGAGACGCAUCCCAGUUGUGAAGAAUGGCAAUGACAAACGUUUGGACAAUUGCAAUCAAUGGAAUGACCGAUGGAAAAAUCAUGGGCAAAUGGGUGAAGUUGAUUCAUCAAAGUGUCUAAAUAAUCAAAUUCACUAUCAAGUCCGUGAUUCAUCGUCAAAUGUGUCGUCAUCAAUGACGAUGGCAGCAAAUAGCAGUAAUCAUUCAGUGAAACCUAAAAGUAAUACUAAUAGCAACGUUGUAAGAAAUUCAGCUUUACAUGAAUCGCCAAAUCUUAAUGAAAUAUCCAUAAAUACACAUAAUAAUAGUAAUAGCAUUAAUCGACAAGGUAAUCACAAUUUAUUAAAUUUAGCAAAUCGAAUUGUGACUAUAUCAACUAGUCAUAACAUUAUCCCUAAUCAUCGUUCAGUAUCCAUCGUUUCUCAAUCAAAUAAUGGUACAGCUAUGAAUACUGCAGACAUGAGUAUAAUGUCGACAAAUUUGCAAAUGGAAAGGCAUGAUCAAAAUCAGCAGCAGCACUUGCAAAUUGAUAAUCAUCAGGAGCAUCAACAAUGUUCUACCACAAAUCUAGUUAAUUCAGCACGUAUGAAUACAUCAACUACGACACUGUGGACACCGCCAUUGGUUCUCAAUUUAUCCCAAAUCCAAAAUCCCAAUGGGAGCUUACUGAUUUUAAAUGGUCAGCAGCAACCGCUUGUGUGCCAAACACAAUUUAUGAAGGGGAAGUCUGAUAAGGAGCAGAUAAUAAAAUCUGAAAUGGUGUGUCAAAAAUUACUGACAAAUCCCAUGGCACCAAAAGACGAUGUUCAGGGUUCUUCCAUGAGCAAUGCUAAAAAUCAAUCAAUGAACAACAGUAGUUCCAGCGGUCUUGCCGGGAAAUCUGAUAAGAAAUCAGAAAAUACAUCGAAAGAUAGUGAAUCACUGUCUUAUUUCAAUGAGACACUGGAUCUAUCACAAGAGGAUAUACAAAAGACUCUAAGUGCCAAUAUGCCACUGUCCAAUCACAAUACUGACGAAACGAUGAAUAGUGAUAUCAAUCCAAUGGAUUUUAUGGAUAAUGUUUGCGUGGGUAAUACACCAUCUGUCCACGAUGAUGAUGUCUUUGUGAAUUUGGAUGCUUUUGACAUGCUUGUAGAAUUUCCUGACUUGGAACUCGAUGGAAAGAAUAAUCUGGCCGAUUCGGCAAUUGAUUCAGCUUCAAUAAACUGUGAUAAGUUGGUGGCAAAUGUGCAUGAGACAAAGAAUUCCAGCAAUGCUGAAUUAUUUGACAUCACUGACUACAGUCCAGAAUGGGCAUAUCCAGAUGGUGGUGUUAAAAUUCUUAUCACGGGCCCAUGGAAUGUUAAUUGCUCAUACACCGUGCUCUUUGAUUCAUUUCCCGUACCCACGACAAUUGUCCAGAGUGGUGUUCUUCGCUGCUUCUGUCCAGCACACGAUGUUGGCUAUGUAACAUUGCAAGUGGCAUGCGAAGGCUAUGUUAUAUCAAAUUCAGUGAUAUUUGAGUACAAAUCACAACCAAAAGUUGAUGUUCUGUGUGAAGGAACUAAUGACGGUCUAUACAAAUUUAACUUACUGCAUCGUCUCGAGGCUUUAGAUACUAAGAUGCACAUUAAAAGUAGUCUUAAAGAAUUGCCGGAUGAUUCUGUUCUCUUGAAACAACCAAAUUUUGAAGAACGAUUGGUAAACUACUGUCAAUCUCUGUCUCUGAGGACAUGGAAUGAUAAUCUGUUUGGUUGGCACAUUGGUCACAAGAAUAUGACUCUGCUGCAUUUGGCUUCUGCUCUAGGAUACUCCAAACUCGUUCUCACCAUGCUUACAUGGCGAGAAGAAAAUUCUAGUAUUAUUUUAGAAGCUGAAAUUGAUGCACUGAGGCAGGAUGAUGAAGGAUUCACACCUUUGAUGUGGGCUUGUGCUCGUGGUCACAAUGAUACUGCAAUUAUGCUCUAUCACUGGAAUCACAAUGCAAUUAAUCUCAAGAAUCGCUUUCAAAUGUCAGCUCUGGACUUAGCUAAAUCUAAUGGGUUUGUAAAUUUAACGAGCGUUCUGGAACGGCUCGAGAUUGACCGGAUGAAUGGAAAGUUUUCCAAUGCAUCGGUGAAGAGUUUGAAAAGUUCAGAUUUUGAUACAUUUUCCCAAUCAUUCAACACCACUCCCAAUGAUGGCUUUAAGCAUGAAUUUGGUGAUAAGUUGUGCAAUGAUAAAGCAACAUUGUCACCUGAAUCUUCAGCAUCCUCAUCCCGUUUGGAUUUUGAUGUGAAGAAACGACAGAAUUCGCCAAAUUACGAUCAAAUCAGUGACUCUGGUUCCGAGACAAUGUCCAAGAGUGACAGUGAGAUUAAGAAUGGGAAUGAGAAUCGAAGUCACGAUGGAGUAUUCUUGCGUCCAGUUGCAGUAUCCAGUAGCAGUUCGCCAAUCCUAAAAUUUGCAAAAAGACCAUCCGUUGACAGUGGUAUUGGGAUUGAUUUGAAGAAUAGCUUCAGGAGUUUUGGAAAAUGUGCACGAGAGCCACAAAAACCACUCAGUUCUAGAUUGGACAGAAGCAUGUCACUUCCAAUUUCCAGUGCCUCUCAAUCCUAUGGAUCAUUCGAUGUCCCAGACAAUUCCUCACUCUCCAUUGAGACAUCCAUGGAAGGAAGUAGCAUGACACUAUCAUCCCACAAUUUGUUAUCACCACUGCGCAAAAUGGACUUUGCCCUAUGCGAGAUUUCAGCGGGUGAUUCCAGUCCUAUGGGACAGCAGGAUACCGUCCAGAACGACGAUGAAAAUGAUGAACGUCAUCUGGACAUUGAUAGUAUGAGUCAAGAGGGUGGGGUUGUAGGGGAAUCUGAUGCAAAAGUUUUGACCCUAGCUGAGCAAAUAAUUGCAGCAAUCCCAGAAAGAAUUAAGAAUGAAUCUGAUGAAAUGAUGUCGAUUGGGAGUCCACUGUCCGAGUCACUAAGCGUUGAGGCACCUAGUAUGGGAGUUUUGGGUGAUAAUUUGAUAGAUCCUCUACUUGAUUCACUGCCCAACUCCCACUAUGACCAAGAGUUCAAUUUUGAAUUUUCCGACCACAACUAUCGGUAUCACGAUGUUGGAACUCCAUGCUCUAGCUUGAGUCCAGCAAGCUCAGGACCCCUCCCGAGUCCAGCUAGUUACUCUAUUCCACCAGAUCCACUGGUCAAUACCCCAAGUCCUCCACCAACAACGCAGGACUUUACAGAAUUCCUCCAAGCAUCCAACACUACCCCAAAACCCUUUGAAGCAGACUUUUCCAAUCUCACCCUAACCGAUAGCGAACAGAGGGAACUCUAUGAGGCGGCCAAGUGCAUCCAGAAGGCCUAUCGCUCCUACAAGGGGCGCAAGAAGCUCGAAGAACAGGACAAGGAACGUACAGCUGCCAUUGUUAUUCAGAAUUACUAUAGAAGAUAUAAGCAAUACGUGUAUUACCGUCAAAUGACUCAUGCUGCAUUAAUAAUCCAGAACGGGUAUCGCUCAUACUGUGAAAAUAAAAGAUUUAAAAAGGCUCAGCAUCAAAAUAUGCAAGGGACAUCCAACGACAGUGUUCCGUCAUCGUCUCAAUGUUUAGAGAAUUUUUACAAGAAUUAUCAGUCAGAACAGGCACAAUUUCAAUGCUCCACAACACCAAAAGAAUUAAGUCCUUCAGGCCCACUGAAGAGGACUUAUUCUCAGAGAACACAAAAUCAAGCAGCUAGAAAAAUACAACAGUUUAUGCGACAAUCAAAAAUGAAUAUUUGGGAAGAUCAUUUUUCAUACUUGACUUCAGAAAGAACGAGCAGAAAGAGAGAGGCUUGUCCGCCAACCCAGGGCGGUGGAUUACCCCCAAAACUCGCAGUAUCUCGUUGCUCGCGACCCUCCAUGCAACGAGCAAAAGUAAAUACUGGUUUAGAGUCAGCAAAAUUGCAGAACUCUUCUAAUUAAAUUUAUUGUAGAUUCUAUAGAAAAUCUACUUAUUUAUUAAUAUACUGAAAAAGUGUGAUUUAUCAUACACAAACCUUAUCCUAUUAAUCUAUUAUUAAAGAAAAUUGGUAAUAUCUAGAAAGAAAUAAAAGCUUUGAACAAAUAUUAAUUUGUGACGCUUAAUUAUCAAAGAGACUAGAAAAAAAAAGAAAUUAUCUUAGUUAAUAAAAAUUUCUCCCUUUUUCAUAUUCUUCUUGGUAAUAAUGUAGUAAAUGAUUAUGAAUAAGAAUAAGAAAAAAAUUAACAUAUUUUUUUAAAAAAAACAAAAAAAUUAAAAUAAACUGCAAUUUGCAGGUUUUUUUGCUUAAAAGCCAUGAAAAUUGUUUGAGAAGAAAAAAACCAUAAAUUAGACUCAAAAUACAAUGAAAUAAAAAAAAAACAAAAAAUUAGAUUUGUAAAUAUUGCUUAUAUAAAAAAAAAUUGUUUGAAAAAGAAUAACUUUGUCGAUUAAAAUCGGUAUAUAACAGAAUACCUGAAAAAAACAUAUUGUGAUAAAAUAUGAUAAGUACUUACAAUUAAUAAAAGUACCUAUGGGCAACCUAUAGAUGAAAAAAAAAAUAUGAAGGAAAUGCAAAAGAUAAAAAAAUUAUAUUCAAAUAUUCUUAUGUAUAAGGACUGUUAAAAAAAAUCAUCAAACUAUGAGUAUUUAUACAAGAAAACAAAAAAAAAUAUGGACACUAUUUCUAAUUGAAGUCCAUACAUAAAAUACAUAACAUACCAUUUAAUUACAUAAUGUCCAUAAUUUCUUUUUAAUAAAUAAACUUUUAGCAUAUUUCAGUGCAUAAAUAGAAAAGGAGAAGAUGGAGAAAUGAUAAUUGUAGAGAAAAAAAACGUCCAUAAAAGUACUAAAAAAUUUACCAUAUAUAGCUA